UGUUUCGAGUCUGGUGACCCUUCUUCAGGACACAGAGCCUGGAAUCGAUAUGGUGACUGAAGACUACUAUGGUGACUUUGAUAUCUCUGACCUUAUGGUUAGCCAACCGUGCAGGCCCAUAGUAGUUGAAAACUUUGUGCGAGUCUUUGUCCCCAUCCUGUACUCCCUCGUCCUCCUCUUAGGCGUUCUGGGCAACAUGAUGGUAAUUCUCAUCAUCGGGCGCCUCAGGUCUGCGAGAAGGACUCUCACAGACACCUUCAUCCUCCACUUGGCGGGAGCCGAUCUCCUCCUGGUCCUCACCCUCCCUUUCUGGGCAGUCGAGGCGGUCAUGGGUUGGACUUUUGGCACCACCAUGUGCAAGGUGAUCGGCGCCAUCUUCGCCCUGAACCUGUACAGCAGCAUCCUCUUCCUGGUCUGCAUCAGCUUUGACCGGUACCUGGCCAUCGUCCACGCCAUCCACAUGUACCGUAAACGCAAGCCCGUCUACGUCCACCUGACCUGCAUCGUGGUCUGGUCCUUCUGCCUCCUGCUGGCCACCGUUGAUCUCAUCUUCCGUGACGUGUACACCUCCAGCUACCUCAACACCAGUGUCUGCACCUACAUGUUCCACCCAGACAGCGCUGCAGCCUGGAAGCUCACCAUCGUCGCCACCCAUCACAUCAUUGGCUUCUUUGCGCCAAUGGCCGCCAUGUUGUACUGCUACUGCCUGAUCUUCAAGACCCUGUGCCGUGCUCACAUGCUAGAGAGGCAGAAGACCCUCAAGGUGGUGGUUGCCCUGGUGGUGGUCUUCAUCGUCUGCUGGUUGCCCUACAACGCCGUGCUCUUCGUCGACACCCUCCAGUCCCUGGGCGCCGUCCAGCCCGACUGCUCCGGCCUCAACGUCCUGGACAUCAGCCGCACGGUCACCCAGAGCCUGGGCCUGGUCCACUCCUGCCUGAACCCCCUCCUCUACGCCUUCAUCGGGGUCAAGUUCCGCCGAGAGGUGCUCAGCCUCCUGGCCCACGUCGGUUGCCCGACUGGGAGGUUGGCAUCAGGAAGGCAGUCUGGGAAACUCAAGCGCACCAUCUCCGCCAUCUCGGACUCCGAGACCUCCACCUCGCACUCCGUGAUAUGGUAGUGCGGCGCGUCCCCCUGACUCCUUCGCGCCCCCUUCCCCCAACACCCCAAUCCUUCCCACCUCACGGAAACCACAACCUCAUCCCACCAAUCCAUCGCCAACAAAACCUCUCCACCAAACUGAGCAGACAAACCAUUGAGCGGACCACCGGGUGAAUUUGGAGAGGGGGGCGAGGGGCAGGAAGAGGGGGGGAAGACAAUUUGUUUCAUCAGAAUGUGCCCCGUCUCUGUCCCCCCCUCCACCCCCACACACACUCCUGGUGCCAAUAUGAUCUCCAAGAGUGACUCCGAGAGCAGGUUGUAAGGUUGCCCGCUGUGCUGGCAUGUUUGUUCUCAGACCAUUCUGUCUCCACGCUCGGUUACCUCACCAGUCAGAGCGUAAGACUGCCAGCUUGUACCCACAACCCUGAGCGACGAAACAUCUUCUCAAAAAUCGCAAGAACGUUCAAACUCUUCCCGGAGUUCCGCUAACGGGAAAGCGACUCCCCCCUUCUCUCCCCUCGUCACCUCCUUAGGAUGUCUUUUGCAAAAAGUCUUCCCCGUGUCCCAGAGGACCAUAGGCCUGCUCUCUCAUUAGAGAAAAAGAGAGGGAUAAGGAGAUGACAGGGGGCUGAGGGUGAAGGGAGAGGCAGAGAAGCACAGUCCUAUAGGGUUGGUGAGAGAAUAG